CUGCUUCGUCUUCUUCCUCCUUUUUAUUCCUUGUUCGUAUUCUAGCGACUGAGAAAAGCACAUAAGCGUUUGUGUGUUACUGUUUCAGAUCCGAGAGAGAGAGUGAGAGGCAGUUUAUCGGCUGAUAAGAUGAGCAGUAAGGUCAGCGUCGGCGGCGGAAGUGCCGGAGCGAGGAAGGGCAAUAACGGAAUUUACGAUAUUCCGUCAGGGUCUAGAAAAAUAGUACAAAGCUUGAAGGAGAUUGUAAACUCUCCCGAGGCUGAGAUCUAUGCUAUGCUUAAAGAGUGCAACAUGGAUCCUAACGAAGCCGUUAAUCGCCUCCUCUCUCAAGAUCCUUUUCACGAGGUAAAGAGCAAAAAAGAGAAGAAGAAAGAGACUAGGGAUAUUCCGGAUUCCCGGCUGCGUGGUGCUAAUAACACAUACAACCGCGGUGGUAGAGGUACUUCUGAUCGCUAUGCUGGACGAAGUGGAUCUACCCAUUUCAGCUCUACAGAUUCUGGAAACUUCCAGGGAAAAUCUACAAACAAGAAAGAAAGUGGAACCCAGAGUUACACAGGUUCGUGGUCUUCUGCCUCGGGAGUGGCAAACCACCAUCCGACACCACACAGUAAUCCUGUUGUCACGGAAAAUAAAUUGCCAUCUGUUGCCUCGGGCGACGGAAUAUCAUCGUCACAGCCUGCUUCUGGACAUCAAGCUGCAUGGUUUGGAGCUCCAGGCCAGAUGUCUAUGGCUGACAUUGUGAAGAUGGGUAGACCACAGAACAAGACGACAACAAACUCACGACAAAAUGUCAAUAUGCGUUCUGAAAUAAAUCAGGACCAUGAAGUUAAUGCAGAUCACCAGGUCCCUGUUAAAGAUGAAUGGCCAUCGAUUGACAAGCCAUUGGCUCCUAGUACAUCUUCUGUAUCAGUAGCACCAGCAGAGUCAGAGGUUUCCAAUGGUCCAGCUGGUUUCCAGUCCGACAGAGAAGAUCAACAUCUGAGGGACCGGUUAGAAAAUAUACAUUUAGCAGAUAAUGGCCCUUCUGAAAGUCGUGGAGUUGAUCAUGUGCAACCUGACUCGGUUUCUGGUAGAAAUGUACAAGAAGACUCGGGAGUUUUGUCUGAAUUUGAUGGUAAUCAAUAUACAUAUCAAACGCAGAGCCAUCCUGUUGAGCACCCCAAAGAUGAAGAUGAUGUUUCAUCUGGUUCGGCCAACUUUCAACAAUUAACAAUAGAAGAUCAUGAUCAAGAAGCAUCGCAUGAGCAGGAUAUACCUGCUGUUGUUAUUCCAGAUCAUUUGUUAAUCCAUACAGAGGAAUGCUCGCAAUUAAGUUUUGGAAGUUUUGGAGGUUUUGGAUCAAGGCAUGUGAGCAACAAUGUGGAAGAGACUCCUGAUGUAGCUCCACAAAUGGAACAUUCUGAUGCUAGAAAUAAUGAGUUCUAUGGAGAUGAACAUCUUGAAAGUACAGCCAAUGGAAACAUGGCCCAUGCACCUGCUGCUGGAAAUUUUGAUGAUUCUUUAGAAUCUAGGCGAGAGGUUUUGAAGCAAGAAAAUUCCGAGACCGCUCAGGAGCACCAGUAUACAUUUGCUCAGUCUGAGCAAGGGCAUGCUUAUGAAGCUGCUAAGCAGCAGCUGAAUACUGCAUAUGAUGCCUCACAGACAAAUGCACAGAAUCAGAUGCAGAAUCUUGCUGCAUUAUCAAAUGUAAUGCAGGGGUAUACACACACAGCUCCCAACACUUUAUUGGCACAAACAGCACAAAAUGCGAGGGAGCUUGACUUCCAGUAUUCACCUUUUGCACAGUCUAUGCAGUCAAGGAACAGCAACAAUGCUUCAUCACUAGGUGGGCAAAGCAUUCCCAUGCCAGAGGUUCUCCGAGGCAGUGGAAUCCCGGCAACAACCCAGCAAACCUUACCUGAUGCUAACAUCGCUACUGGACCAGCUCUUCCACAACAGCUUCCAAUGCAUCCUUACUCUCAACCCACAAUGCCUCUAGCACACUUUGCAAACAUGAUUGGCUAUCCUCUAAUGCCUCAAAACUAUCCAUACAUGCCCUCCGCUUUCCAGCAAACGUAUGCUGGUAACAGCUCCUACCACCAGCAACUAGCUGCAUUGCUUCCGCAGUACAAAACCAAUCUCUCUCCCAGUAACUUGCCUCAGUCUGCAUCAGCGCCUGCCUCCGCUUAUGGAUUUGGAAACUCGACCAACGUUGGAUCCACCGGAAACUUCCCUCUUAACCAACAGUCUGCUCCUACCGGUUAUGAGGAUGUUCUUAGUUCUCAAUACAAAGAGAGUAAUCAUCUACUGGCACUUCAGCAGCAACAGCAACAGCAACAGCAGCAGCAGCUGCUGCUUCAGCAACAGCAGAACGAAAACUCGGCGAUGUGGCAUCACGGUCACGGUUCUCGAACCAUGUCAGGCAUCCCGGCUAACACGUACUACAACCUCCAAGCACAGCAGCAACAGCAACAGCCUCAGCAAGCAGCAGGCGGGUAUCGUCAAGCUCAGCAACAACAGCAUUAUGGAUCUCAUGGCUACCCAAAUUUCUAUCAAUCCCAAACAGAAAUGUCUCUUGAUCGCCAGCAGCAAAACCCUAGAGACGGUGCAGGGGCUCAGGUUGGCCAGCCUUCGAACCAAACCCAACAGCUCUGGCAAAACUCUUACUAGAUAAUGAAAGAGUGUUUUUUUUUUCUGCUUCUUUCGGUUAUAGAGCUUUGUGUGCAUACCGUUUGAAUUUGGAAACUAAAACUGUUUCACUAGAAUUCGCUGAUUUGGCUAAAAUGAUUUAUCAUUGACCUUUAAAAAACUUUUAGCGCUUA